GAAAAACUCGGACAGGUGCUUGGCCGCGUCUUAGAAGUGUUACGCUUCGGCUUUUUCGACAGGUUUGUGGCUGAGUGUGUUGAUGUGUUGUGAUCAUGCCAGCUGCCACCACAGAUACCGGCCUGGUGGCCGUUCGUCAGGUGAGGUCUAACCUAGAGGGCAUAGGCGAGAGAGUGGAUGCUGAUAGAGCAGAUAUUGCCUUCCUCAAGAAAUUCUUUAACGACAUAGCCUUAGAGUCACUGGUGCAGGUCCAUGAUCAAUUGGAAGAGAAUGAAUUCCUGACCCCACACCGAGAGUCCUCGCAGCUGGCGUCAGACACGUUGGAAGCCCUCCGUCACCACAUGGACAACCAGGAUGCUGAGGAGCUCAAGGACCUGCUUACCUCCCCUCAUUUUGAUGCCUUGUUAACUGCUCACGAUCAAGUGGCAGAGAAAGAUUUUGAGUACGAACCAGAGACCAUCCAGUUGUCUGCCCCUUUUCCACCAGGAAUUCCGUCCCAGACUGACAUCAGAGUUGUCGGCAUUCGGAAAGCGAAGACAGAGCCCCUGGGUGUAACAGUAAAGGUUGAUGAGAACAUGGAAUUGGUGAUCGCCAGAAUCAUGGCCGGCAGCAUGAUUGACAGACAAGGCUUACUGCACGUGGGUGACAUCAUCCGUGAAGUGAACAAUCAGGAGGUACAUACCCCAGAGCAGCUGAUGGACAUCGUCAGACUCUCGCCCAACACCGUCACAUUCAAAAUCAUUCCUAACUAUGACGUUCAGCAAUACCAAACCAAGGUCUACAUGAAGACCCACUUCAACUAUGACCCACUUAAAGAUCGCCUCAUUCCUUGUAAAGAAGCUGGGCUUCCAUUCCGUGAUGGAGACAUCCUCGAGAUCUUGUGCUCGGACGAUGCAAACUGGUGGCAGGCGCGCAUUGUGGACAGCGACAAUCCGUCGGGUCUAAUCCCGUCCCAGACACUGGAGGAGAGACGUAAAGCCUUUGUCAGGCCGGAAUAUGAUUACUCCAAGAGUUUGUUGUGUGGGUUUACAAGAAGAAAGAAGAAGAAGACCAUGUACACAUCCAAACAGAACUCAGAGUUUGACCAGUGUGAGAUGAUGGUGUAUGAGGAGGUGACCAAGAUGCCGCCAUUCAAGAGAAAAACCCUCGUCCUGGUCGGUGCCUCGGGCGUAGGCAGACGUGCGCUCAAAGAGAGGCUUAUCAAAAUGGAGCCACAGAAGUUUGGAUCUGCCAUGCCUCACACGUCGCGUGCACCGCGAGCAGGAGAGGAGCAUGGGAAGGGUUACUACUUCACGGACCGAGAGACCAUGCAGAAGGACAUCGCUAACGACAUGUACCUGGAGUACGGAGAGUUUAAUGGUAAUCUGUACGGGACUCACCUGGACACGAUCCACGAGGUCAUCAAGUCUGGCAAGAUGUGCGUGCUGGAUGUUAAUCCCACAUCUCUGAAAGUGCUGAAGACCUCUGAGUUCAUGCCAUUCAUCGUUUUCCUGGCAGCCCCAAGUGUGGAAGCUUUGCGCGACAUGUACGAAGAGGGACAGCGGAGAGGCAUGACCAAAAAGAGCGCCAGUACACCGGGUGCAGUGGAGUUCAAAACGGAAGAAGACUUCUUGAACACGAUUCAGGAAAGUGCCGACAUAGAGAGAGUCUACAAGACGUAUUUCGAUCAGACGAUCGUCAAUGAUAACUUUGACGAAACCUAUCGCACCUUAAAGAAAGCUCUGAAUGAAUUCACGCACGAGACACAGUGGGUUCCAGUGAAUUGGGUUUACUAAAAUCUGAUUGAACAGAUGAGGUCAUGUGAUCCGCAUAGGAAGCCACCCGAUUGGUUGCCAUCAAAUUUUGACAUACCACCUUUGAACCCCACACAUUUCAUGUCAUAUUACUAUUUCAUGUGAGUUGGGUUUACUGAAGUUUGACUGGACACAUGUGGGCAUGUGAUCAGCACAAGAAGCCACCUGAUUGGUUGCCAUCGGAUUAUGUUAUCAUCACUGGAGCCACCCCCAAUGGUUACUUCAUGUGACUUGUUUCCUAGAAACCAUUUUCAUUGCCUUGUACAUGUAGCUAUCACUUAAGCUGUUUAACUGGCUAUUUCAUGUCAUAUGAUCAACAAACCAUGCAGCUGAUUUAAUGGGUUAUUAUGUGUGUUGCCAGAAAUUGAAGACAGUUUUUUUUCUUUCCACUCACAAAAUUAAAAGGAACCAAGAGGAAUGUUAUGUAUUAUAUUUAUAUACUGGCUCAUCCAGGCUUUGCUGUUUACACUGGUUUUUGGACCACAGAGGAAAAGUUUGUCCGUGACUUGCCAAAAGUCGGUUGUUUACCCUAAGCUUUCCAGUCAACGCCCCCUCCCCCCCCCCAAACCAUCCAAUUAAACUGACCACCAUUGUUUAAGUGAAAAAUUCUUAAGUGUGGCGUUAAACAACAAUCAGAUAAAUAAAUGAAUAGUGGACCACAAAAUUGUUAUCUAUUUUAAAUGAUUAUUAUAUAAUGACUGACGAUUUGACCCGCAGAAAUCUAUAUAGUUGAAAACUGGUCAGGAAACAUUAUUACCCUGUUUCUAGUUUGCAUUUAUAGCAAAAUGUUGGACAUAAGUAUGUGUUAAACUUGAUUUCUACGAGCUCAGAAUUUCGUUAAAGUUUGGAUAUCGAGGGGUGUAGUGUGGCAAGGGGAUACGUGAAAGUGUCUGAAUAAUUAGAGAGUCUGAAGAAUAAGGAGAAGUCUGGUAGUUGUAGUGGAACUCCAUACUUCCCCAAGUUGAUAUGCAUGAAUAUGUACAUGAUGAUUAUGAUCACUUCACCAGAAAGUAUAGGUGUGAAGACAUUUUUGUAAGGUUUUAUUUUUUGCCUGCAUUUUGAUGGAAGACUUUGCCACAUGACAAUCAGACAUGGGAAAACCGAUACCAUUAAACGGAGAUCAAUGACAGUAUCAUGUUGUUCUGCGACAUUUUACAAUGAAAAAUGUGACGUGGUCUUGGUUUGUAAUUUAUUAAUAUCAAGGCAAAAUAAAUCACAGGGUUCAUAUUGACUAGAAAAUGAAGAUGGGAAAGUUUGAACUGGUGUUGAUGUAUAUAUAACUAUAUUCUAUUGCUAAGUUGUGAGUGAAACAUUUUGUAUAUACAAAUUUUACCAACUGUUAUUAUGAAAUGUGUUCAAUCUUCAUAAAUGGAUGAAAUGUAUUAAAAGUCUAACAGUCUUGUGGCUGUGACAAUUGAAACCCUCCUAAAUUAAAAAAGCAAUUAUGCAAAUGAAUGUUAAUUAAUAUCUUGUUCCAAAUAACAUGAGAAGGCAGUUAAUGUAAUUUACACAUAGCCUCAUGUACCAUUAUCCAUUAUUGCACACAUAAAUAUGUAUAUUAUCUCAGUAUUUAAAUACAUGCUUGUGAGCUAAAAUUUACAUCUGUAAAAUGUAAUAAUGCUAUUAGUGGGUUAUCAUGGGGAAUAUGGCUGUUCUUUCUACAAUGGUUGUGAAAAAGUGAGGUGUUAUUUCUACGAGCUUGUUGUGAAGCAUAUUUAGUAUCUAUUUCCUGGCACAAGAAUGUUAUUUUUUUAUAAACUCGAUAUUGAUGGUCUUCUGUAGUGCCAGAACUUUGUUUACAGUUGGAUUAAUGUUCAAUCACAAGAACAAUAUUGUGAUGUUUUUUGUGAGUUCUAUCUGCUGGAAGUCUGCGCAUUCUUACCAUGAAAUACUUCAUGUAUUGUCAGUAUAUUUGACUAGAUUGGGACUGGUACUACUAUUGUUUGUUUUCUAUGGUAGGAGUGACAAGCAUUUAUUGGUUGUGGUAUGAAUGUAGGCUGCUUUAAAAACAUGCUGUUCAUUUUUCUUUUGGUCAUACGAAUAAAGGUGAAGAGAGCUUUA